GUUGCGAGCAUCAUGCCCAACCUUCCGUCUUUGCAAGUUGUAUUACUUGGUUUAGCGAGGUAAUGGAGUGUGUCGGUGGCCGGGGGUCGAACCCCGGACCAUGUGUAUCGACGACGAGCGUCCUAACCGCUGCGCUACCGACGCACAAAUGAUUUUCUAGGUGAUAUGAAUUUUCAACGAAUUAAUUUACAUAAUUUUCCCAUUGCUCAACCAAAACACAUACAAAAAUAGAAUUCGUAUAACCAUCUAGGCAGCAUCAGUUCAUGGGCUGUUUUCAAUUUCUAUUUUAUUUGUAGACGUUUCCAGUAAUGAAGAAGUCGAGUUGUAUUGUUUAGCUGGUGGAGAGGAUACUACUUUAUCAUCUUGGCGAAUUUCGUUACCGGUAGCUCAAAAUGCUACGAACUCGAAAGAGCCAAUAUUCAAUUCUCUUUUUCACCAUCGUGGUCACAUAUCAAAUAUUCGUUGUAUAACAUUGCCUGUCAUUUAUACUAAUAACAGAUCUUCAGAUGAGGUAGUUAUUCCUAGACAAUACAUUGUUAGUGCUGGUGGCCGUGGUCAAAUUUGUUUAUGGCGAUUACUAUCACCAGAUGAGACAGUGAAGACAACAGAAAAGUAUCAAGGGUCAAUUUCUCUAGGUUUCCUAGGUUCCAAGAAGAUUCGACACGACGAAUGUUACCUAGUUGAUAAUCCUCCUGAUUACGAUAACAAUAAUAAUAAUAAUAAUGUCAGUGAUCCAGUCCAUGAUUAUGAUGAAUUUAAUGGUGAAAAAACGUCCAAAUGUAAAAAAGUUGUUGUAUCCAGUGAUCUACGUAUUAUGGCUAUGGUUUGUGUUCAGAUUACUCGAGAAGAAUGUCAAAUGAUAGAUGAUUUGUUGGUUAUUGCCGGUUGUUCUGACGGAUAUGUACGACUGAUUCAUAUUGAAGUUCCGUCAGGAAAUACUGUCGGGUAUCCGAAAUUUUCAGAAAUUGGUCGAAUCAACCCGGUGUCAUCGGCAAACAAUUCGGGGAAUCACAGUAGUUGUUGUCUAGACUUAAAUGUUUUGAGCAUUACUUCCAGCCAGAUUUGUUUUGCUAUGUCGAACUCUCGAGGAGAGGUGCAUGGAUGGAUUCUACCUUGGUGCCCUUUGAAUAGUAAUCCUACUGACAAUAAUGAGUGUGUCAGUAAAAUUGAAAACAAUGACUGUUACAGUGAUGUUGAUGGUGUAUUCGGUCUCUAUCUAAAUUCUGCCUUCCAUUGGGUUUUAAACUGCGCACCAAUUCCACCUUUUCAUAUACCAAACCAAUUAGCUUUCAAUUGUAUAACUUCAUUGAGUUUUGAGACUCCUUUUUCCAGCAAUAAUACUGAUUCAAUAAUCGUUGCAGUUGGCGCCGAUGAUGGUAGUGUCCGCGUGGCUGUUGUUCCUGUAAAUUUUGAUCGAAAUUCAAGAUCACCCGUGAUGCACCCACAAUGGUCUGUCUCCUGUGUGAAACACUACAGUAGUGUUGUUAAAUUGGCUACAUGUCCGCAUUUUGAAUCAUGUGACCAGUAUUUGUAUUAUUUUUUAAGUGUGGCCUCAGAUCAACGUUUAAUACUUUGGUGUUUGAAGGCGAAUUCUCAGGAAUUAGUGGACAACUUUCAGUUAAAUGCAAUAAAGUGUAUUUUGUUGUGUGGUUUGGGCGAACCCCAUAGCUUAUCAAUAAGCUGUCAACACCAUCAAGUUAGGAGUGGAAAUAAGAAGAAUUAUACUACUUUUGCUCUUGUUGUGGGAACUGGUGCUCAUUUAAUUCGUGUGUCUUAAGCAAACUGCAUAAAAUGACUUAUUUUUGUAUAUGAUUUUGUACAUUCUAUUUGUAAUAUAU